GUAAGACAAAAUGCGACAAAUGCGAUAAACGCAGAUUUGUUUAGUAAACAAAGUGCCAAAAAAUUUAUAAACAGUCAGCAAAACUCACUUGAUCAAAUAAAGUAUUUAUUGACAAAAACCAUUGUCCUCCCUUACACGCAUUUAAUGUGCCG